CAGCACGCAUAUAUAUAUAAAUACGAAUUCAUAAAAUAAAUGGCAUUCGUUGGAACAUCACGCAAAGCCACUUCACAACUAAAAUGAAAUCGUUCGUAGUGCUCGCCCUGUUCGCGGCCGCCGCAGUCGCUGUUCCAGUCUCAACCAAUUCCAGGGACGCCACCAUCCUUCGUUACGAGUCUGAGAACAUUGGAGUGGAUGGAUACAAUUACGCAGUUGAAACCAGCGAUGGAAAAUCAGCCCAAGAAACAGCGCAGCUUAAAAACGUCGGUACCGAGAACGAAGCGAUCGAAGUACGUGGAUCAUUCAGCUAUACCGGACCGGAUAAUGUAGUUUACACCGUCACCUACGUGGCCAACGAAGCUGGCUUCCAACCCCAGGGUGCACAUCUCCCGCAGACAGCCUGAACCGUCAUCAAAUCAUCAAAUCUAGUUUAAACAAACGGCUUUGCAAGAGGAACAUGCUGACUGACCUUUUGUUUAUUCUCUUGCACAUUAAUAUUGUAAAUACAUUUAUUGUUAUUUA